CUCCGGUGUGUGGGACCCUUCUCUGCUUACAGCCCAGAGCCCCAGGCCAGCUUGUGAUGGGGUCUGUGGUUUCGGCUACUCCGGAGCCCGCUGGCCGCGCAGAAUAGAACGAAAAAGUCCGAGGAAACCUUUACCUUUUUAAAACGACGACUGAGGACACCGGAAAGGCCUAGCGCUGUAGAUCUGCUGCGGAGUGGCUAGAACCAUGAGUGAAUUUCGGAUUCACCAUGAUGUCAAUGAGCUGCUCAGCCUGCUGCGAAUCCAUGGAGGGGAUGGAGCUGAAAUCUACAUUGACCUGCUGCAGAAGAACCGGACCCCAUAUGUCACAACAACUGUCUCUGCCCACAGUGCCAAGGUUAAAAUUGCAGAAUUUUCUCGUACUCCUGAGGAUUUUCUAAAGAAAUAUGAUGAACUGAAAUCUAAAAAUACAAGGAACCUCGAUCCACUGGUGUACCUGUUGUCAAAGCUCACAGAAGACAAGGAGACUCUGCAGUAUUUGCAACAGAAUGCAAAAGAAAGAGCUGAACUCGCAGCCACUGCUAUGGCCAGCAGCACCACCACCUUUAGUGUUCCUACCACAGCCUCCAAGAUGUCGAUGCAGGAGCUCGAGGAGCUGAGGAAGCAACUCGGUAGUGUGACCACAGGCUCCACACUGCAGCAGUCUCUAGAACUUACAAGAAAGAUGCUUCGAGACAAGCAAAACAAAAAAAAUUCAGGCCAGCAUCUCCCUGUGUUCCCAGCUUGGGUGUAUGAGAGACCUACACUAAUUGGAGAUUUCCUGGUUGGUUCAGGUUUAAGCACAGACACAACUUUACCUAUAGGAGCGUUGCCGUUGGCCUCCCAGGAGUCAGCCGUGGUGGAAGAUCUGCUUUAUGUGCUAGUUGGUGUGGACGGCAGAUACAUCACUGCUCAACCUCUGACUGGGAGGCAGAACCGCACCUUCCUUGUGGAUCCCAACCUGGAUUUAUCCAUCCGAGAGCUGGUGAACAGAAUCCUCCCUGUGGCUGCCAGUUAUUCCACCGUAACCAGGUUUAUUGAAGAAAAAUCUUCUUUCGAGUAUGGGCAGGUGAAUCAUGCCUUGGCAGCUGCCAUGAGAACCUUAGUAAAGGAGUACCUGAUCCUGGUCACCCAGCUGGAGCAGCUGCACAGGCAGGGCCUCCUGUCACUACAGAAGCUCUGGUUCUACAUCCAGCCGGCCAUGCGCACUGUGGACAUCCUCGCCUCUCUUGCCACCUCAGUGGACAAAGGCGAGUGUGUGGGCGGGUCGACGCUGAGCCUUCUCCACGACAGGAGCUUCAACUACACAGGGGACAGCCAGGCACAGGAGCUGUGCUUAUACCUUACCAAGGCAGCGAGCGCCCCAUACUUUGAGGUCCUGGAGAAGUGGAUCUACAGGGGGAUCAUCCAUGACCCAUAUAGUGAGUUCAUGGUUGAAGAACACGAACUGCGGAAGGAAAAGAUACAGGAGGACUACAAUGACAAGUACUGGGACCAGCGCUACACUGUGGUGCAGCAGCAGAUUCCCUCCUUCUUGCAGAAGAUGGCGGGCAAGAUCCUCAGCACAGGAAAAUACCUCAAUGUGGUCAGAGAGUGUGGUCAUGAUGUCACCUGCCCUGUGGCCAAAGAGAUAAUCUACACACUUAAAGAGCGGGCAUAUGUGGAGCAGAUUGAGAAGGCAUUCAACUAUGCCAGCAAGGUGCUGCUGGACUUCUUGAUGGAGGAGAAGGAGCUGGUGGCCCACCUGAGGUCCAUCAAGCGCUACUUCCUGAUGGACCAGGGAGACUUUUUUGUUCACUUCAUGGACCUCACUGAGGAAGAACUCCGGAAACCAGUGGAGGACAUUACUCCUACACGCCUGGAGGCUCUGUUGGAGCUGGCCCUGCGCAUGAGUACUGCCAACACUGACCCCUUCAAAGAUGACCUUAAGAUUGACCUGAUGCCUCAUGACCUCAUCACUCAGCUCUUACGGGUUCUGGCUAUUGAGACCAAGCAGGAGAAGGCCAUGACCCAUGCAGAUCCCACUGAGCUCACACUAAGUGGCCUGGAAGCCUUCUCCUUUGAUUACAUUGUCAAGUGGCCCCUCUCACUGAUCAUCAAUAGGAAGGCGCUCACCCGCUACCAGAUGCUCUUUAGACAUAUGUUCUACUGCAAACAUGUGGAGCGGCAGCUCUGCAGCGUCUGGAUCAGCAACAAAACUGCCAAGCAAUAUUCACUGCACUCAGCAAAGUGGUUCGCAGGCGCCUUCACUCUGCGGCAGCGAAUGCUCAACUUCGUUCAGAACAUUCAGUACUACAUGAUGUUUGAGGUGAUGGAGCCAACCUGGCACAUCCUUGAGAAAAACCUGAAGUCUGCCUCCAACAUUGACGAUGUCCUUGGCCAUCACACAAGCUUCCUGGACAACUGCCUGAAGGACUGCAUGCUGACCAAUCCUGAGCUGCUGAAGGUCUUCUCUAAGCUCAUGUCUGUGUGCGUCAUGUUCACCAACUGCAUGCAGCACCUGGCAGAGCCUGUGGACACCCCUCAGAUGGCCUCUGGCUUUGAGGCCACCAUCAAUAACUUUGACAAGAACUUUUCUGCUCAUCUACUUGAUCUGCUUGCUCGAUUGAGCGUCUAUAGCACAAGUGAUUGUGAGCAUGGCAUGGCCAGCGUCAUCUCCAGGCUCGAUUUCAAUGGCUUCUACACAGAGCGACUGGAACGCCUGUCUGCAGAAAGAAGCCAGAAAACAGCCCCCCAAAUACCUGUCCCACGUGGGCCCCCCACGCCAGCACCAGCACCCAGAGUGGCAGUCACUGCACAGUGAACCUUGACCACGGCUUGGAGGAAGAGUUGAGAGCCAGCCAGUGCUGUGAUUCAGUGGUCUCAGAAUUUUUAAAUCAGAUGUUCCUGUAACACAUAUGUUGUGCGUGCUGUUACUAUUUAAAUAUUAGAUCUGAAUUACA